UUAAAAAUAUUUAAAAACUUUACUACUAAAAGACCCAACAUCUUGUGUUUAAGACAGCUUUUAGGGAAUAAAUAAAAAAUGAAACUUUAGUAUAAUAUUUCGUAUCCUGGUUGGAUUCUCGCUUUUACGAAUCGGCUCGAGUGAAUCAUUAGGACGAUUCGGUUCAAAAUAAUGAUUCCUCGGCGAAUCGGACAUCACUAGAGGAGGGCAGAGAGGGAAAAUCACAGCCACCGCCACACCAUGAUCCUCAUCUCACAGCACAAACACACUGGUGUUAAAAAAACAACAACAGUCUUGAGCAUUUCGGACCGAGGCUGAGGUGGGGUCUCGCCGUCGGUGUGUAAACGGAGCGUGUUUAUCUCUGUUUUUAAGCCGUGAGGGAGUGGAUCUGUCUCGGACGCCAUCUUUAACCGCAGCAGUAGCCCGGGAGAGUGAAGAGCUGCUGGGCCACCGUUAACCAGCACCGGGCUUGAGUAGUUUCUCCAACUGACAUUCAUGCUUGACAGCGAUCGAUAAGUUUGUCGGGACUGAUUUGUGGUCGGCAGGCGUGUUUUCUGUCCACUUGGUUUGUUGUUGUUGUGGUCGGAGGAGUUUUCUCGGGCUGGCUGCUCAUCCUGGCCUGUUGGAAGGGUUUUGGUCCAUAUGAGGCCGCAGUCUUGCAGAUGAGCCAUCAUUGGGGGCUGUUGUGUCGCAGACCCAGAUAGUGACUGGUGGUUGCGGCCCCGCCCCCUCCCAGCAUGCCCAACGCUGCUCGUGCAGGGAGUCUGAAGGACCCCGAUAUCGCAGAUCUCUUUUUUAAAGAUGACCCUGAAAAACUCUUCUCAGACCUGAGAGAGAUCGGUCAUGGCAGCUUCGGCGCUGUAUACUUUGCACGGGAUGUGCGGACCUCAGAGGUGGUGGCCAUCAAGAAAAUGUCAUAUAGUGGAAAACAGUCCAAUGAGAAAUGGCAGGAUAUAAUAAAGGAGGUGAAAUUCCUUCAGAGGAUAAAGCACCCAAACAGCAUAGAGUAUAAAGGAUGCUACCUGCGAGAGCACACAGCAUGGCUGGUUAUGGAGUACUGUCUGGGGUCUGCCUCGGAUCUCCUCGAGGUACACAAAAAGCCUUUACAAGAGAUGGAAAUAGCAGCGAUUACUCAUGGUGCUUUGCAGGGGCUGGCGUAUCUUCACUCCCACAACAUGAUUCACAGGGAUAUCAAGGCCGGGAACAUCCUGCUCACAGAGCCUGGACAGGUGAAGUUGGCAGAUUUCGGUUCUGCUUCAAUCGCCGCACCUGCUAAUUCAUUUGUGGGGACUCCUUAUUGGAUGGCCCCAGAGGUGAUCCUGGCCAUGGAUGAGGGUCAGUAUGAGGGAAAGGUUGACAUCUGGUCUCUAGGAAUAACCUGUAUUGAACUAGCUGAAAGGAAACCUCCGCUCUUCAACAUGAAUGCAAUGAGUGCCUUAUACCACAUCGCGCAGAAUGAGAGUCCAACCCUGCAGUCCAGUGAAUGGACGGACUACUUCAGAAACUUCGUGGACUCCUGCUUACAGAAGUUGCCCCAAGAUAGACCCAACUCUGAAGAACUGCUGAAACAUGCGUUUGUCCAGCGUGAGCGGCCGGAGUCGGUGCUUAUUGACCUGAUCCAGCGCACCAAAGAUGCUGUGAGAGAGCUGGACAACCUGCAGUACCGCAAGAUGAAAAAGCUCCUCUUUCAGGAGGCCCAGAAUGGCCCUGCGGUAGAGGUCCCAGAUGACGAGGAGGAAGUGGAGCACAUUGCUGGCCGCACUGGCACAGUGAACAGUGUGGGCAGUAACCAGUCCAUCCCUAGCAUGUCCAUCAGUGCGAGCUCACAGAGCAGCUCGGUUAACAGCCUGCCUGACGCCACAGACGCCACCGAUGAUAACAAGAGCGAGGUGGACCUGAUGGAGAAAGACCAAACCAUUAUACCCAACAUCUCCAUGAUUCACGUCAAACCGGAGGAAGAGAGAUACCAGGAAGAAACUGAGGCUCAGAAACAGCCCACAGAGCCCCAGUCUCCCCCAGCACAGACACCGCGGCGUCAGUACCGGAAUCGAGAACACUUUGCCACCAUCCGCACAGCCUCCCUGGUGACGCGUCAGAUUCAAGAACAUGAGCAGGACUCUGAGGUGCGCGAGCAGAUGUCUGGCUACAAACGAAUGCGCAGACAGCACCAGAAACACCUUCUGGCCCUUGAGAACAAGCUGAAGGGCGAGAUGGACGAGCACAGACUCAAGCUAGACAAAGAGCUGGAGAACCAGAGGAGCAGCUUUGCUGGCGAGAUGGACAAACUCAUCAAGAAGCACCAAUGCACCAUGGAGAAAGAUGCUAAGACUUUUACCAACGAUGAAAAGAAAUUCCUGCAGCACAUUCAGAGCCAGCAGAAGAAGGAGCUCAACAGCUUCCUGGAGUCUCAGAAACGCGAGUACAAGCUGCGCAAGGAACAGCUCAAAGAGGAGCUUAAUGAGAACCAGUCCACACCAAAGAAGGAGAAGCAGGAGUGGCUGUCCAAGCAGAAGGAGAAUAUCCAGCACUUCCAGGCAGAGGAGGAGGCCAACCUACUCCGCCGUCAGCGGCAGUAUCUGGAGCUUGAGUGCCGUAGGUUCAAACGGCGAAUUCUCAUCGCACGUCACAACGUGGAGCAAGAUCUCAUGAGAGAGGAGCUGAAUAAGCGUCAAACACAGAAAGAUCUAGAGCACGCCAUGCUGCUUCGACACCAUGAGUCUAUGCAGGAGCUGGAGUUCAGACACCUGGGCAACAUUCAGAAGAUGCGUGCAGAGCAGAUCCGCCUGCAGCACCAGACAGAGCUGACCAACCAGCUGGAAUACAACAAGCGCAGGGAGAGGGAGCUCAGACGCAAACACGUCAUGGAGGUCCGACAGCAGCCCAAGAGCCUCAAGUCCAAAGAGCUCCAGAUAAAGAAACAGUUCCAGGAUGCAUGUAAAACCCAGACCCGGCAGUACAAAGCCCUGCGAAACCAACUGUUGGAAAGCAUCCCAAAACCUGAACACAAGACCAUGCUGAAACGACUGAAGGAAGAGCAGACCAGGAAACUAGCCAUCCUCGCUGAACAGUACGACCACACCAUCAACAACAUGCUCUCCACACAGGCUUUGCGUCUAGACGAGGCGCAGGAGGCGGAGUGUCAGGUGCUGCGCAUGCAGCUGCAGCAGGAGCUGGAGUUGCUGAAUGCAUAUCAGAGUAAGAUCAAGAUGCAGACAGACGCCCAGCAGGAGCGAGAGAGAAAGGAACUGGAGCAGAGAGUGUCCCUCCGGAGAGCCCUACUUGAGACUAAGAUCGAAGAGGAGAUGUUGACCUUACAGAACGAGCGCACAGAGCGGAUCCGUAGCCUACUGGAGCGCCAGGCCAGAGAAAUUGAGGCCUUCGACUCUGAGAGCAUGCGCUUAGGAUUUAGCAACAUGGUGUUGGCUAACAUCUCUCCUGAGGGCCUCAGCCACAGCUUCCCUGGGGCCCCGGGCAGUUGGAUCCCCCAUCAGCAUCACUCGGAUGGCUCUCAGGGGAAACAGUGGGGCGGCAGCACUGGUUCAGGAGCCAGCCACCACUACCACUCCAGUCAGGGAGGAGCACAGGGCCAGCAGGGCUGGGGCCAAGCCAUCCCAGGAGGUGGGCUUCCACCGUGGACCCACUCCUCCUCAGGCCCCCAAGGGGCCAUGCCAAAAAGCAGCGUGGGGAUGCGGAACAGCCCUCAGGCACUUAGGAGGACCACCUCAGCAGGGCGCACGGAGCAGGGCAUGAGUAGGAGCACCAGCAUCACAUCUCAAAUAUCCAACGGUUCGCACCUGUCCUAUACAUAGACACCAGUGCGUUUGUGCCAACCCUGCACACACAAACACACACAGGGUAGGGGAACGCACUGGUCCACACUAAAGACUGGCACAGAGAGCAGAGCUAACUGCACUCAUCUACCCGUCUCCCUCAGUCCCUCUUUUCUUUUCUUUUCCUUCGCUUUCUCAUUUCAUUUUCCCACAUGCAGAUAUGCUUGUAAACGAUAGUAAAUAUCACUCAGGUCAAAAGAUAUUCUAACUUUGCAUUAAGCUUGUUUGAAAGUCAUGCAGAGCUAGAGUCAAAAACACUAGUCUGAUUUAAAGCUCACUCGAUGAGAUUCAUUUAAUGCUAAAUGUUAUAGAGAAAGAUAUAUAUAUAUAAAAAUAGAUGUUUAUUCAUUUAGCUUUAUUCCACUUAACGUGGGGAUUCAUAAGCCAAAAGGAUGUUAAAAGGAGAUGUUGGCCAUAAUUCUUAAGAAAUGCAUAGAAAUCGGUAAUGAUCGUUUAAGGAAACUAUCUAAGCUGUCAGCCUGCUGUCAUGCUCUUAGGAAAAACUAUUUGGGUUUUGAUAAAAUAAAGAAAUUGAGAUGGAUUGAGUGUGUGCGGUAUAUGUGAUGUCUGAGAGCUGGCCAAUCUGUCGAUUCGAAGUGAAAGUGUUUUAGUUGUCAGAUUUAUAAGUUGGACAAUUCAUUUGCAGAGUACUUGUAAGUACUGUGUUUUUACAGAAAUGAUUGUGAAUAAAAACACAUUUCAUUAGGUCCAAAACUUUAUCUUACAGACUUUUUUCUUACUUGUUUACUUGGUGCGUAAAGGUCAAUGGGGCUGUCUUGCCCAAGCAGUGUGUUUUUGCAGAGUUGUAAACAGUGCAAGCAACCACAAAUCUGUUCAUAUCUCCAGCAUACUUUUUAUUUAGUCUUUACUUGCAUUAAGCAGCAACCUAAUUAUGGCCAGACAACCUGUCUUCAGUUUUCUUAGCCUUUUGAUACACCCUUCAUUUUAUUAGGUCAGCCAGCUUUCACCUGGAUCAGGUGUCCAGACACAUUUAGAUGUGGUGCUUUCUUGAUUAUUUAUUGUAUGUGAUGUUUUAGGUGUGCAAUGCCAGCUUAAAGAUAUCAGAUAUGUUCAGUGCCUUGAAUGUGUUAAUGGUUUAUUACGGAGUAGAGACAUGCCAAGAUGAAUGUUUUUUAAAACACUCAGAAAUUUAGAGUUUAAUCAUGUUCCCCAAGCUAAUUAAGUGACAAUAUGGGUCCAUUUUACGAAAAGUGAGUGUUGGUGUGAAUAUAUUUGGUUGUACACAUAAAGAUGAGCUUAUAUUAUCCCACUAUGUAAUGUAAAGUCUUAUGUUAAUAUACUUUUGAGGUGCCUUUGAAUAGCUGCCAAGCAGAAGCACUUUUAUGUAGUGUGUUGUGUUUUGAGAGAUAUAUUUACAACUAUGGAAAUGACUAAUGGAGCCGUAAACUGUAGUGUGUGAUGGCGGAUGUCCAGUAUGUUUUCUGUUACUCUUUUAAAAGAUUCUCGAGGUCAUUUUAAGGAAGUGGUAGAUAUGAACUCGUCAGUGGUUUUAGGAAAGUACUGUAAUGAUUUAUCCAAUGAAAUGAAUGCAGAAACUGGCUGAAUGUACUCUGUCCUCCAUCAGGUUUGUGUCGUGUUUUUGACACUCUGGGAAUGUAAUGAAUUGUUAGGAGCUUGAACGACGUACUUCCUGUAGGUCAUGACAGCAGGCUUUCUUAUGUGACACUGAUUUGGUCUCAUGACCUCCACACUAAAUAGCAAACGGUCUGUUCACGGUUUCAUGCUUAUUUCAUUACCAGUCAAACGUUUGGAAACAUCUACUGAUUAUUUUUGAUAACUAUUUUCCAUACUUUAAAUAAUAGUACAUCAAGUAUAUAUACACUACCAUUUAAAAGAGAGGGGUCAGAAAGAUUUUUUUUUAAUAAGAUAAAAAAAGUUUCUUAUGCUCUUAUAAUUUACAAUCAUUGUUUUCUAUUUGAAUAUAUUUUAAAACAAUUCAUUCCUGUGAUGGCAAAGCUGAUUUUAAGCAACCAUUACUCAAGUCAUCAGUGUCACAUGAUCCUUCAGAAAUAAUUCUGAAUGCUGAUUUGAUUAUCAUCAAUGAUGAACACGGUUGUGCUGGUUUGUGUUUUUGUGAAAAUCAUGCUAAAAAUAAUUCAGGAUUAUUUGUUGAUUAGGAAAAUUCAAAUGAAACUUAUAGUGUAUAACACUCUAAAUUUCUUUACUGUCACUUUUAAUCAAUUUGAUGUGUCCUUGCAGUAAAAUUUGUAUUUCUUUAAAAAUAUUGCUGACCUCAACUGAAUAGUAGUGUGUUAGAAGAGUGUAGCCUUAUUUCAAACUAACAGCUUAUGCCAAGUAGAUUCGGAAUGCUAUAUGUAUUAUAUAUAUAUAUAUAUAUCAAGCUAAAAAACAAUGGCAUUUUCCCACACAGCUUUUCACUACAUGUAUUAAAGGAAAUAUUACAUAAAAAUCCAUAGAAGUAAUUAAUAUUUACCUACAUUUGUUUACAAAAACAUAGGAUAAAUGCCAAGCAGGUAGGUGUGUGUGUGUGUGUGUGUGUGUGUGUGUGUGUGUGUGUGUGUGUGAUGGCUGACUGAUAUUGAGUUUUAAUCCAUUCAAUCUAAAAGAUUCAGACAUGAAUCAAACUUACCAGCUUUACCAUUUUUUUAGCUUAAAUCAAUCUCAUCUCUUUAAUAUGACAUGAACUUUGGGAAAGUUAACAGCCAAAUGCUCUCAGCCAAGUUCAUGAGGUGCAUCCUCGUUAGCACACUAACAUUCAGUCAGGUGUGUCCAUGUUUGACUGGUAGUGUCAUGUAUUUUAUUAAACCAAUAGCUGCCCCAAAGAUUUAACCGCCAACUAAGGUAUUUUCUCCUUCAAUUGUUGGCUGUUAUAAGUGACUGAGAUGACCUAGUCCAUAAGUAGAACUUCCUCUUAAACAUGCAGGGCUCUUUUCCCCUUCUCUCUUUCUGUCCUCUGUGCCGCCCGUAUGGCAGGUGUCAGUGCCCAGUAUUGUGAGGAUAUGAGCUGUGCUGCCGAUGCCCCUGCCUGCCCUCACUCUCCCCCACUGCUUUACAUGCCAUCACUCCACGCCAAACUCCUCCUGGAUCCAGAGUUCCAACGCACGGAUGCCUGAAUGCACUUUCUUGGGGGAAUUUUACAAGCUAACUCUUUGUUUUCCCAAGCGAGUUUAUCUAGUUGGUUUGCUUUCCACCACUUUGACUGCAGGAGUCACGCUGACUGACUCAUUCUUGUGAAAUUUUUACUCAUGUUUUAACACUUCUGAUGGAGUACAAAGUUACCCUCCCCCAUUCUGUCUCCAUUGUGCAAUCAUUGGUGAAAACAAAACUCUCCGAGCCGGACCUUUCCUAAAAAAAAUCCCAAAAGAUCUUGUGUGACCUUUAUUACCAAAUGAAUGCGGCUCUAAUGUGAAAGAAGCGAGUAUAACGUGUAAACUCUAGAGUCAUUGUCUGGGGAGAGUAUUCAUAUUGUAUAUUUGGUUUAAAAUAUUGAUUUAAAUUGCAUAGAACUAAUUUGAUGGCGGCACACGCCCCCCCACCCCCCAUCAAGAUUCUCCGUGUAUUGACAGGUUUUAAAAGAAAUCUAUUAAGAAUUGUAAACUAUGUACCUUGCGCUUUUAAAGGGGUUUCUGGCCUGUGUACAAGGAGCCUCGGGUUGAACUUCAGGGAGUAGUGUGUGUUUACACGUCACCUCUGCACACUUUGUGUUUCCAUUUGUAUUAGAAAAUCUGUCUGUGGUUCACAGGAAUGUUUCAGGUCCUCUGUUUUCUCACAGUCUUUAUUCUGUUCCCUUCAUUCAUACGAAAGUGCAGAAUAAGAGCUAUAAAAGGCACAGAAAAGAGGCAAAUGUUUCUAUUUUGAAUCCUCCCAUAGGUCAUUUUGAAAUAUUGUAACCAACAACUGAUCAGUUUUGUUUGUUUGUUUUUUAUAUUGGGUGAGGGCUGUUUUAAUUUGGUUGGCAUUACUCGUAAUUGUGUGUCGCACCUGUCACCGAUUUUUAUUUUAUCCUAGUUAUAAACUUUGUCCUACUGACUGAAUUUAGGGGAUAUGCAAGUAAUACUGAUAUAUGAGAAAUACUAGAUCGAAAUGCAAACUUAUUUUCUAAAUAAUGGAGGUUCAACCUCUGGUCAAACACUGUGCCAUCCCACAGCUGCCAAGCACGGUCACUACUGCAUUGUCUCCUCUCCUGUUGACAGGCUAUGAAAGAGUGAUGGUUAUUUUAGUUCUGAUGAACCCGGCCACUCCUAUCGCCAACACUACGAAGAAAUGAAACGGGGAGCGAUAGAGAGGGAUUGGUCUACGGGGAAGGGCUACAUUUCUUGUAAAGAGCAUCAGUAUUCAUUUGCUGUGGUCAAAAUGGCAUACUAACAUACUGCAUACUGAAUUCUUUUUGAAAAGUAGUAUGAUAGUGUGCUGUUUCACACGCACCCAUUGUCCUCUGGCUCAGCAUCACCACUAUAACUCAUAUGUAACCUGUAUCAAAAUGUAUAGAUCGUGUAUCAUGUUAUUAAAUGUCUAAAAAGAUUAUACAAAAAGUUUAAAAAUACUGAAUAAAUGGCUUGGAACUGUAUUAAAGUAUUCAUGAAUCAGAGAAAAACAAAAGUCUAGAGAUGAAUGAGCUAUUUUUUUCUGUUCUGUAAUUACUGUUGUGUUGAUGGAGGAACACUGGUCAGAGGAUCCGCUGUAAUAAAAGCGAAUUUAGUACAUCA